AUGUCUCGUACUUUUGGGCGUCGAUUUGUUAAACAUGGAUUACUUAUAUGUACAUCAGCGUUGGGUACUGGUUAUUUUGGUCAAUAUCUACUUGAGAAAAAUAAAUUAAAAGCAGCAGAACCUGCAGUACAUAAACCUGAAGUAUGGUUAGAUGAUUUUCCAACACGUGAAGUACAAAUAGAUAAAAUGUCCAAUGAAUCGGAAUAUGAUAUUGUAGUUAUUGGUGGUGGUGCAACUGGUUGUGGAGUCGCUGUUGAUGCAGCAAGUCGUGGUCUUAAAGUUGCAUUAGUUGAAAAAUAUGAUUUCAGUAGUGGUACAUCAUCACGAUCAACAAAAUUAAUACAUGGUGGUGUUCGAUAUUUACAAAAGGCUAUUAUGCAAUUUGAUCGAGAACAGUAUUAUAUGGUAAAAGAAGCUUUGUAUGAACGUGGUAAUCUUCUUAAAAUAGCUCCACAUUUAUCAUAUCCAUUACCUAUAAUGUUACCUAUUUAUAAAUGGUAUCUUUUACCAUAUUAUUAUGUUGGUUUAAAAGCAUAUGAUUUUGUAUCGGGUCGACAAUUACUUCGAUGGUCUUAUAUAAUAUCGAAAAAGAAAGCGUUAGAAUUAUUUCCGAUGUUAAAAAAAGAAAAACUUGUUGGUGGAAUUGUUUAUUAUGAUGGACAACAUAAUGAUGCAAGAAUGAAUAUAGCAUUAGCAUUUACAGCAGCACGUAUGGGUGCAAAUAUUGCAAAUCAUUGUGUUGUUACAGAAUUAAUACAUGAAAAUAUUCGAGUUGACAAUGAUCACGGACAACCAGAAACGAAAAAAGUUAUUCGUGGUGUUAAAUGUUUUGAUCGAUAUCAAAAUAAAGAAUUUACAAUACGAACAAAAUGUGUCGUCAAUGCUACAGGACCAUAUACUGAUGAAAUUCGACACUUAGAUGAUAAAUCAAUGCCAAAAAUUUGUCAACCAUCAGCUGGUGUUCAUAUUGUAUUACCUGAUUAUUAUAGUCCGAAUAAUAUGGGUCUUCUUGAUCCAAAUACAUCUGAUGGACGUGUUAUUUUCUUUUUACCUUGGCAAAAACAUACAAUGGCUGGUACAACUGAUACACAAUGUGAUGUAACUGAUUAUCCAUCACCAUCAACAGAAGAUGUAGAUUUUAUAUUAGGUGAAGUAAAAAAUUAUCUUUCAUCUGAUGUUCAAGUACGUCGUGGUGACGUUUUAGCAGCAUGGUCUGGCAUUCGACCGCUUGUUCUCAAUCCUAAUAAAAAAGAUACACAAUCAAUUGCACGAAAUCAUAUUCUUCAUGUCAGUGAUUCAGGUCUUGUGACAAUUGGAGGAGGAAAAUGGACAACAUAUCGACAAAUGGCUGAAGAAACAGUUGAUCGAUGUGUUGAAUCAGCUAGUUUAAAAACUAAAAAUGGUUGUGUAACAAAAGGUUUAAUUCUCAAUGGUGGUGAAAAAUGGACACCAACUUCAUUUAUUCGUCUUGUUCAAGAUUAUGGUGUUGAUACUGAGGUAGCUAUACAUCUUUCAAAUACAUACGGUGAUCAAGCUCAUAAAGUAGCUGAUUUAUCAUCACUAACUGGAAAACGAUGGCCUGUUAUUGGUAAACGUUUACAUGAAGAAUUUCCAUAUAUUGAAGCUGAAAUAAGUUAUGCUAUAAAAGAAUAUGCUCGUACAGCUGUUGAUAUUCUUGCACGACGUACUCGUCUUUCAUUUUUAAAUGUAAUUGCUGCUGAAGAAGCUCUACCUAAUAUAAUACAAAUAAUGGCUAAAGAAUUACAUUGGGACGAACAAAAACAAAAAGAAGAAACAGAUCGAGCAAAAACAUUUUUAUUGCGUGAAAUGGGUCUUAAUUUAAAACGUGAUAUGCGUCAAAACGUACCGAUUGAUUUAACACGUGAAGAAAUGAGUUACUAUAUGAAAUAUUUCCGUCAAAUUGAUGUUGAUAAUAAAGGAUUUUGUUCACAUCGUGAUUUAAAACGAUAUUUACAAAAGUCGAAUAAUGAAAUAACAGAUGAAGAAUUUCGUAUAUUAAUGCAGGAAGUAGAUCAAAAUCAAAAUGGUAUUAUUGAAACAGAAGAAUUUCUUCAAUUAAUGAGUGCAAUUAAAUCUGGCAAUGUUACAUCAAGUCAUUUUCCUAAAGCUGCUAAAAUUGAUAAAAUCAAAACUAAACUAUCACCAGAAAGAAGUGGUGGUGGUAAAAACAACAAAAGCAAAAAAUUUACACACUCUUUCAGAAUGGGAAGAAAAAAAAUUCAAAUAUCGAAAAUAACUGACGAACGUAAUCGUCAAGUGACGUUUACAAAACGAAAAUUUGGUUUGAUGAAAAAAGCGUAUGAAUUAAGUGUUUUAUGUGAUUGUGAAAUAGCGCUCAUUAUAUUCAAUUCGUCCAAUAAACUUUUCCAAUAUGCAUCAACGGAUAUGGACAAAAUCUUGCUCAAAUAUACCGAAUAUAAUGAACCACAUGAAAGUCGAACAAAUAAUGAGAUUGUACAAAUUCUUAAUAAAAAAGAAUCGAAAAAUCUUGAUCAAAAUGAUAGUGAUAAUGAUAUGGACGAUGAAAGUGCUAAUGAAAUGGACAGUAAUCAUCCAGUUCCAUCUCAUCAUCAUCUUGAUUCGACAUUAAAUGAUUCAAGAAAACGUACUAAUCAAUCUCAUCAAACAGGUAACUAUCAUUCAUCUUUACCAAUGGUUAAUGGUAUUGGACAACAAACAGCACAACAACAAAAUUUUUUAUCAGUUCAUGGAACAACUGGUAUUGAUGCAUCGUCUUCACCAUCACCACAAUCGACAUAUUCACCGCAAAGUUCACCAAGUGAAUCACGUACAAGUCCAUCAAAUAAACAACAACAACAACAACAACAACAACAAUCAACGUCAAAUAUAAAUAAUAAAUUUUCAAUGAAUUCUAAUAGUGGAACAUCAUUGACCAUUGUUCCCUCACAUGUCACAUCUCAUCAUAAUGAUUUGACAGGAGUAGGAGGAGGAGCGACAAGUCGACUAAAUGCUGAUUUUACACUGAAUACAGCUAGUGGUGGUGUUGAAAGUAAUAAUUUUCUUCCAUGGCAUGCAUCAUCUCAUUCGUCCUUGGCUGCUGCACUUCAAAUGAACACAUUACCAUUAGGCAUGAUGAAUUAUGAUAUGCAACAAGCAUUAUGUGCUUCGCCAUCGGCGACAAAUAAUAAUCCAAAUCGUGUUAGUCCACAUUUAUAUUAUCAACAGCAACACCAUCUUCAUCAGCAACAACAGCAGCAGCAACAACAACAACAACAACAUCAUCGUACGAAAAAUGAACCAUUUUCACCACCUAUUUCACAUGGAUCAAAUAAUAUUCGUUCAUCUAUAAACGAUACAAAUUCCAAUCAUCCAAUGUCAAAAACUCCUAUUCCUCAACAACAACGAUCAGUUGAUUAUGCUAAUUCAUCUCCAAUACUAAAACCAACACUUAAACAUGCUCGUUUUGAUCCACCAGUUUGGCCGAAUCCAACUUGA